AUGAUAGAAAAGAUUCUAACUAUAAAAGCUCAAAUGAAAACAAUUCAAGCUAAACAAAAGAGUUAUGUUGACAAGAGACGACGUGACUUGGAAUUUGAUGUGGGCAAUCAUGUAUGGUUGAUGGUAAUGCCCAUGAAUGGCGUGUGUCGAUUUGGAGUUUCGGGGAAGCUUAGUCCUCAUUAUAUUGGACUGUUUGAAAUUUUAGAGCGAGUUGAGAUUUUAGCAUAUAAGUUGGCUUUGCCACCUCAAUUAUCCGUUGUUCACAACGUCUUCCACGUGUCUAUGUUGAGGAAGUAUGUAUUGGAUCCCCAACAUAUUAUCGAUUAUCAUACCAUAGAAGUCAGAGAUGAUGUUUCUUAUGAGGAAAUGCCAGUUAGUAUACUGGAGCGGAGGGAGAAAGUAUUGAGAAAUAGGACGAUCCCGUUUGUGAAAGUCCAGUGGUAA